AUGGUAGAAAAAGCAUGUAGUUUUGUAGAAAGCUCCUUCCAUAUCAUUAAAGGAGCAGCUUGUACUGCCUUCUCAAUCCCAACUGCACGAUCAACUAAAUCAGUUAAAAGAUUGGCAAAUUAUAACGGGAUUAUGACACUAUCAAAGUUAAAUAACAUCCCAUCAGAUGGCGACUAUAACCUGUUUAAAAAGCUAAUUGAAGAUAAGAUUGCUGAAAAUGCGAGGUUCAGAGUAAUUAACGUUGAUCGCAGCAUGGCAGAAUCACUGUACGGAGAAUCAAUUUACGACGAUUUCGUAGUCCCAGCCACAGUUAAAACGUUGAGGUUGGUGGUUUUGGACGAGUGGAAUAUAAACGCAAAUAUCCACAACGUAUUAUACUCAACUGGUUUAAUAAGGGAGAUCUGCAUUAACAAGUUCAAAUAUAAGCCAGAAACUAAUACUUUGGAUAUCCAUUUUAAUGUCAUUCCUGCAAGUGAAGAGUUGCUGUGUAAAGAGGAGGAUAUAAACAAGGUUGAGGACUGCCCACUGAAGGAAAAUGUGUUACCGCCAGGAGAAGUUGAGUACAACUCUGCACAGUACCUUAACAUAAUCGACAGUAGUAAAACUGAUGUGGUCGACUACAACAAACUUACAUUUCAAUUCGGCUGUUCACUAAUCACUAAUCAUAUUCUUAACAGGGUAAAAGCUCUUGUUGGAAAUGUACACCCAUUUUUGAGGAGAAAGAUGUUCUUUUGCCAUAGGGACUUUGACCAACUACUUGAUAACUAUGAAAAGGGAAAUAAAUUUUUCAUUUACACGGGUAGAGGACCAUCAUCAGAAGCAUUACAUCUAGGACAUUUGAUUCCAUUUAUUUUUACAUGCUGGCUGCAAAAGUCAUUUAACGUGCCGGUCGUCAUAAUGUUGAGCGACGACGAGAAGUUCGUGUUUCGAGAAGAGUUGGAGCUUGAAAACGUUAGAAAUUUGGCACUAGAAAACGCAAAGGAUAUCAUAGCAGUCGGAUUUGACCCCGAACUCACGUUCAUAUUCAGAAACACAGACUACAUCCAGCACCUGUACAAAACCACACUAAAACUGCAAAAGAAGACUACAUUCAACCAACUCAGAGGCUCGUUUGGGUUUGACUACUCAACGAACGUUGGAAUGAUUUCAUACCCACUGUUGGAAGGAGCAGCAUCAUUCAGUGAGUCAUUUCCCAAUCUAUUUAACAAUAAAGAAGAUAUCAUGUGCCUAGUCCCACAAGGAAUUGACCAGGACCCGUUUUUCAGACUAACGAGGAGUCUGGCACCAAAGCUGGGACUUAAAAAGCCAGCACUAAUCCACUCGAAAUUCAUCCCAUCACUGCUGGGAGUUAACCAGAAGAUGUCAUCAUCAAUAGAAGGCUCAGCCAUCUUCGUAACCGACGACGCAGAAACAAUUAAGAGGAAAAUACACAAAUACGCCUUCUCAGGUGGCCGUGAUACUGCGAAAGAACAUAUGGAACUCGGCCCUAAUUUGGAUGUCGACGUGUCUUAUCAGUAUCUGAACUUUCUAGUGGAGAGCGACGAGGAACUUGAAGAGAUUACGCAAAAGUAUAAAUCAGGCCAGAUGUUGACCAAUGAAUUAAAGAAUAAGUUGGUGGACAUUCUUGUCCCAAUUGUCGAGAACCACCAGAGAUUGAGGAGUCAAGUGGACGAUGAAAUGCUAAGGAAAUUCAUGGACCCGAACCGUGAAUCCUUUAGACAGUUCUUUAAAUAA